AUGGAAAUUUUAUGUUGUAAUUGUGGUAUAGAAAUUGAGUUUAAUAACAAGAAUAUGUGCUCUAAUUGCAUAUAUACAUCUUCAAAUUUACUACAAAAGAUAGAUAAAACUACAAUAAUAGAAACAUGUAGGGGAUGUGAAAGAUAUCAUAUGCCGCCAUCAUCAUGGAGACAUUUACAGCCAGGAUCUCACGAAUUAUUAAUACAUUGUCUAAAUAAGAACAGAUCUGCAAAGACUCUUAACAUUACAGAUAGUAAUUUUAUUUAUACAGAGGAGCAUUCUAAAAUGUUGAUAAUUGAAAUUAAAAUAUUAGACGAAGGAGUAGAAUAUGUAGUUAAUUUACAAUUUAAAAUUAGAAAUAGACAAUGUGGAGAUUGUAUGAGAGCAGAAUCUAAACAGUUUUGGAAUUCAGUAGUUCAAUUAAGACAACAUCCAGCAUCAAAAAGAACAUUUUGGUUUGUUGAACAAUUAGUAUCUAAUCAUAACGCUCAUAUGGAAACUACAAAUAUUAAAGAAACUAAAGAUGGAAUAGACUUUUUCUUUACUAAGAAAAACUCAGCUAUAAAAUUAGUUAAAUUUCUAACUAACUUUUUUGGUGUUCAAAGAAAAGACAGUAAUAGAUUAAUAUCAGAAGAUAGAAGAAAUAACACCUGUAACAACAAGAAUACCUAUUGUAUUGAGUUAAUGCCAUUCUGUAAAGAUGAUUUAGUUGCUAUCAAAAAUAAGUCUAAAUAUGAUUUAUUUGUAGUUAAUAAGAUGAAUACAUUUUGUACACUCACUAAUUUAGAGACUAAGAAAACAAAGCUCAUUACUAGUAAAGAUUACUUUUCAAAUAAAGAUCAGUAUGUUAUUUUACAGAGAAGUAAAGAUUUUAUAGAAUAUGAAGUGUUGGUUGUUAAUAGACAUAAUAAAUCUAUAAGUAUCACUAAUGAUAAUGAAAAUAUUAUUGAAAUACAAACAGAUAUGGAAUUAGAGGUGGAUAACAAAGUUUAUUGUUAUGAUCUUUCAAUUAAAAAUUUUCCAAUUGAUUAUGAAUUUGAUGAGACAGUUUUAUUAAUAAGAAAAGUGCUUAAUGUACCAAUUAAGCUUAAAGAUGGAAACACACCAGAAAGAGAAUAUGGAUUGUUUUUAGAAAACAUUGAACAAUACAAAGAUAUAUUUGAAAGUAUAGCAGAACAUAGAGAAACACCAGUAGAAAAUUUAGUUAAACAAUUAAACUGUCUUUAA